UGUGUGUGUGUGUGUGUGUGUGCGCAAAAACAGCGCACGCAUCUGAUCCGACACACUCACGCAGAGUCUGACGCGGCGCACGGACGCUAAACCAGCGGCGAACGCGCUUCAUUCGUGGAUUUAACCGGAUUCCUUCUGCUUUUCCCCGCGGAGUCUCCUCUGGAUGUUACGCUCGCGGUCAUGCGCUGAUUUUUGGCCUCGCUCUGGACAUAUUGAUGGAUGUUUGGCACACGGACCGAUGGAUCUGACAUUAUGGGAGUCUGUCUGUAGAUUGUCAGAUGAGCGUUGCAUCCGUGUUGUUUGGAGUUCCUGAUCGUGUCUCAUGGAUCGCUACUGUCAGCGCGGAGCAAGCCUCCCAUCCGGUGCCAUCCUUUCCCUGGACCAGAUCAAAGCCAUCCGUUCAUGCAACGAGUACUCUGAGGGCCUGGCCGUAGCACACAGACCGGCCCCGGGGCCUCCACCGCGCAAUGCAGACAAGCAGGACAGGACUCACGAGGUGAUCCUGGUGAACGUGAAUAACAACUACGAGCACCGAGCGGCACGUCCGCCAGCGCUCAGCAGAUCCACGAGCUCCGGGAGCAACAGCAGUGACGGAUCAGAGCGAGGCCUGCUGGCGCCGUCGCAUUAUCGCAAUCACGCCGUACGGACUCAGCCGAAAUCUCUGAACGCAUCCAUGCAUCCGUUUCUCCCGCCAGACGUUCCUCUCAAACAGGAAAAACUGGACUCGGCGCAUUUAUACAUCUGCGAGAGCUGCGGGAAAUGCAAAUGCAGCGAAUGCAUGGCGCCUCGUCCGCUUCCGGCACGCCUCGCGUGCAACGGACAAUGCCUGUGUUCGGCCGAAAAUGUCGUGGAGCAUGGGACAUGCAUGUGUUUGGUCAAAGGGAUUUUUUAUCAUUGCUCAAACGACGAUGAUGACGUUGGCGACCCUUGCGCCGACCGGCCGUGUUCUCUGUCGCAUCCGCAGUGCUGCUCGCGCUUUCUGUGCAUGGGACUCAUGUCGGCGCUCUUUCCGUGUCUGCUGUGUUACCUGCCCGCUAAGGGCUGCGUGAAAGCGUGCAACUCGUGCCACGACCGCGUGAAGCGGCCUGGAUGCCGCUGCAAGAACUCUAACACCGUUUACUGCAAGCUGCAGAACUGGAACCAGACGCCCGGACAUGCGCCGGGAAAACCGUCCUGAGAAAUCUCAUAUUUCUUUAGCUGAAAAAAGCUGGUUUUGCUGCUGCAGGAUGCGGAAAUUGCAAAUGGGGCGGGGAGGGAUUAUGUUAAUGAGUGCCUGAUAAGCUCCGCCCCUCACGGCGCGGAAGAACCACUCGUUUGUUUUCUGAACCUGGCUGCGUUUCACUCCACUUUUAGACACGCACUUGCGAACUUCCCUAAACACUUCCCCUCGGGGGAAUGCCACUUUGAAGUGCGUUCCACUUCGUGAAGUUUAUAUGGACCGAUUUUGAUAUCGGUCUUCAUAUGCACACUUCAGGCCGCUCCAUAGACCACAAUGCAACACGAUUAUGAAGUUA